CAGCGCUUGCAUAGGUUUGUGGAAACUUUUAUCCAAUUGACCUUAGAAGUGUAGCAGGACUUUGGAGGCACCAACAUGUCCCGCUUAUUGGACAUGGAGGAGUUUGGAGAGGCAGCGCCCUUUCUGCGCAAGUCGGAUCUCGUGUUACUGGGAGCACAAACGGUGGCAUUCGAUGGUAAGAAGCGUGCCUGGAUCCCGGACGAGAAGGAGGCAUAUAUUGAAAUUGAAAUCAAAGAUAUCAAAGGUGACAAAGUCAUCGUUGAGACAAAUGAUGGAAAGACCCUUACCGUGAAGUAGGAUGACAUCCAGCAAAUUAAUCCUCCCAAAAUCGAUAUGAUUGAGGAUAUGGCUAUGCUGACCCACCUGAACGAAGCUUCUGUUUUGUUUAACCUGCGGAAGCGCUACAGCAACUGGAUGAAAUAUACGUACUCCGGGCUGUUCUGUGUGACGGUGAACCCCUACAAGUGGCUCCCGGUCUACACGGCCCCCGUGGUGGCUGCGUACAAGGGCAAGCGCCGCUCGGAGGCCCCACCGCAUAUCUACUCCAUUGCUGACAAUGCCUACAGUCACAUGUUGUGCAAUCGUGAGAACCAGUCCAUGCUUAUCACCGGAGAAUCCGGUGCUGGCAAAACUGUGAACACGAAACGUGUAAUUCAGUAUUUUGCCAUAAUAGCAGCUCUGGGGGAAGCGGCAGCUAAAAAAGGAGGUCAAGGUCCUGCUACCAAAACUGGGGGCACCCUAGAGGAUCAAAUUAUUGAGGCCAACCCUGCCAUGGAGGCCUUCGGUAAUGCCAAGACUGUGAGGAAUGACAACUCCUCCCGCUUUGGCAAGUUUAUAAGGAUCCAUUUUGGACACACAGGAAAACUAGCCUCUGCUGACAUUGAUAUCUAUCUUCUGGAAAAAUCCAGAGUGAUAUUUCAGCAGCCUAGAGAAAGAAGUUACCAUAUCUACUACCAGAUCAUGUCUCAGAAGAAGCCAGAGCUCCUAGACAUGCUUCUGGUCUCCUCCAACCCUUUCGACUACCAUUUCUGCUCUCAAGGAGUGAUCACGAUAGAGAGCAUGGAUGAUGGACAGGAGCUCAUGGCUACAGACCAUGCCAUGGACAUCUUGGGUUUCAGUCCAGAUGAGAAAUACGGCUGCUACAAGAUCGUGGGGGCCAUCAUGCACUUUGGCAACAUGAAGUUCAAGCAGAGGCAGAGGGAGGAGCAGGCUGAGGCCGACGGCACUGAAAGUGCUGAUAAGGCCUCCUACCUGAUGGGCGUGAGCUCUGCUGACCUCCUUAAGGGCCUGCUGUACCCCAGAGUGAAGGUGGGGAAUGAGUACGUGGUGAAGGGACAAAAUGUGGAACAGGUUAACUAUGCAGUGGGAGCAUUGGCCAAAGCUACGUACGACCGCAUGUUUAAAUGGCUGGUGGGGCGUAUCAACAAGACCCUCUACACUGUCCUGCCUCGGCAGUUCUUCAUCGGCGUCCUCGACAUCGCAGGCUUCGAGAUCUUUGAACUGAACAGCUUUGAGCAGCUGUGCAUCAACUUCACCAAUGAGAAACUGCAACAGUUUUUCAACCACCACAUGUUCAUCCUGGAGCAGGAGGAGUACAAGAGAGAAGGGAUUGAAUGGACUUUCAUUGAUUUUGGGCUGGACCUCCAAGCCUGCAUUGACCUCAUCGAAAAGCCCCUGGGAAUCCUUUCCAUCCUCGAAGAGGAAUGCAUGUUCCCAAAGGCCACGGACGGCAGCUUCAAAGCCAAGCUGUACGACAACCACAUUGGCAAAUCGCCCAACUUCCAGAAGCCGCGGCCAGAUAAGAAGCGCAAAUUCGAGGCCCAGUUCGAGAUAAUGCACUACGCCGGAGUGGUGCCUUAUAACCUUGCUGGCUGGCUGGACAAAAACAAGGACCUGCUGAAUGAAACAGUGGUGGCCUGCUUUCAGAAGUCCUCCAACAAACUACUGGCUGCUCUCUAUGAGAACUACAUCAGCUCCGACACAGCCUCUGAUCCCAAACCUGGCGCCAAAGAGAAGAGGAAGAAGGCGGCCUCUUUCCAGACAGUCUCUCAGCUCCAUAAGGAGAAUCUGAAUAAGCUGAUGACCAACCUGCGUUGCACUCAGCCCCACUUUGUGCGCUGCAUCAUCCCCAAUGAGACCAAGACUCCAGGAAUCAUGGAUGCGUUCUUGGUCCUGCACCAGCUGCGCUGUAACGGUGUGCUGGAGGGGAUCCGUAUCUGCAGGAAAGGCUUCCCCAACCGCAUCCUCUACGCCGACUUCAAGCAGAGGUAUCGUAUCCUGAACCCUCAUGCCAUCCCAGAUGACACGUUUGUGGACAGCAGGAAAGCUGCAGAGAAGCUGCUGGGCUCUCUUGACAUCGACCACAACCAGUAUCGCUUUGGUCACACCAAGGUGUUCUUCAAGGCGGGGCUGCUGGGCCAGCUGGAGGAGAUGAGAGACGAGCGCCUGGCCAAAAUCCUCACUCUGCUGUAGGCCGUCAGCCGGGGCAAGAUCAUGAGGAUGGAGCUGAGGAGGAUGAUGGAGAGGAAGCUCUGAUUGAUCAUCCAGUGGAACAUCCGGGCCUUCAACACAGUGAAACUGGGAUGGCCAUGGAUGAAGCUCUUCUUCAAGAUCAAGCCUCUGCUGAAGAGCGCCACUGCGGAGAAGGAGCUGACCGCCCUCAAGGAGGAGUACCUCAAGCUAAAGGAGACGCUGGAGAAGUCGGAGGCCAAGCGCAAGGACCUGGAGGAGAAGCAGGUCAACCUGACCCAAGAGAAGAACGACCUCACUCUCCAACUGCAAGCUGAGCAAGAUAAUCUUGCCGACGCUGAGGACCGUUGUGACCUGCUCAUCAAGACUAAGAUCUAGCUGGAGUCCAAGGUGAAGGAGCUGACCGAGAGGCUGGAGGACGAGGAGGAGAUGAAUGCCAACGUGGCCGCCAAGAAGCGCAAGCUGGAGGACGAGUGUGCUGAGCUCAAGAAGGACAUCGAUGACCUGGAGAUCACUCUGGCCAAGCUGGAGAAGGAGAAGCAUGCCACUGAGAACAAGGUGAAGAACCUGAUCGAGGAGAUGGCGGCUCUGGAUGAGACCAUCCUGAAGCUGACCAAGGAGAAGAAGGCCCUGCAGGAGGCUCACCAGCAGACACUGGAUGACCUUCAGGCCGAGGAGGACAAGGUCAACAAUCUGACUAAGGCCAAGGUCAAGCUGGAGCAGCAUGUGGAUGAUUUGGAAGGGUCCUUGGAGCAGGAGAAGAAGUUGCGCAUGGAUCUGGAACGGGUCAAACGCAAGCUAGAGGGAGACCUUAAGCUGUCUGUAGAGACCGUCAUGGACCUGGAGAAUGAUAAGCAGCAGAUGGAGGAGAAUCUGAAGAAGAAAGACUUUGAGCUGAACCAAAUCAGUACCAGAAUUGAAGAUGAGCAGGCUCUGGUCCUCCAACUUCAGAAGAGGAUCAAGGAGUUACAGGCUCGCAUCGAGGAACUCGAGGAGGAGCUGGAGGCCGAGCGAGCGUCUCGGGCCAAGUCGGAGAAGCAGCGCAGCGAAACGUCCCGUGAGCUCGAAGAGCUCAGCGAGCGCCUGGAGGAGGCCGGCGGCGCCACCACGGCCCAGAUCGAGAUGAACAAGAAGCGCGAGGCGGACGUCCUGAAGCUGCGGCGGGACCUGGAGGAAGCCAUGGUGCACCACGAGACCACCACGGCAGCGCUGCGCAAGAAGCACGCCGACACCGUGGCCGAACUCGGCGAUCAGAUUGACAGCCUACAGCGCCUCAAGCAGAAGCUAGAGAAGGACCGCGCCGAGGCCAAGAUGGAGGCUGAUGACCUGGCCUCCAACCUUGAACAGGUCGCAAAAACUAAGGUGAGGGCAGACAGGUUAGUAAAUUGAUUAAUUGAUUGAUUAAUUGAUUCAAUCAUUGAUUGAUUAUGUUAUGUUCUGAUCUCACAGCUGCAACGCACUAAAAUCUUCUUCAGUCAGAAUGCUGAGGAGUUCAAAAAACAGCUGGAUGAAGAAAACAAGGCAAAGAAUGCCCUGGCUCAUGCACUCCAGUCUGCGCACCAUGACAAUGACCUGCUACGAGAGCAGUAUGAGGAGGAGCAGGAGGCCAAGUCUGAGCUGCAGAGGGCGCUGUCCAAGGCCAACGCUGAGGUCGCCCACUGGAGAACCAAAUAUGAGACGGAUGCCAUCCAAAAAACCGAGGAACUUGAAGAGGCCAAGAAGAAGCUUGUGACUCGUCUACAGGAGGCUGAGGAGAGCGUGGAGGCGUCCAGCGCCAAGUGCUCGUCCCUGGAGAAGACCAAGCACCGACUGCAGACGGAGAUGGAGGACCUAGUGGUGGACCUGGAGCGCGCCAGCGCUGCUGCAGCUGCCCUGGACAAGAAGCAGCGCAACUUCGACAAGGUGCUGGCCGAGUGGCGUCAGAAAUGCGAGGAGUGCCAGGCGGAGCUGGAGGCUUCGCAGAAGGAGGCGCGCAGCCUGAGCACCGAGCUCUUCAAGCUCAAGAACUCCUACGAGGAGGCGCUCGACCACCUGGAGACCGUCAAACGGGAGAACAAGAAUCUCCAGGAGGAGAUCUCUGAUCUGUCUGACCAGAUCAGCCAGGGAGGCAAGACCAUCCAGGAGCUGGAGAAGAUCAAGAAAGGCCUGGACCAGGAGAAGAGUGAGAUCCAGGCUUCCCUGGAGGAGGCUGAGGCGACUCUGGAACAUGAGGAGAGUAAAACCCUCCGCAUCCAGUUGGAGCUCAACCAAGUUAAAGCUGAUGUUGACAAGAAACUGGCUGAGAAGGAUGAGGAAAUUGACAACCUUCGUCGCAAUCACCAGCGUGCUCUGGACUCCAUGCAAGCCACCCUGGACGCAGAGGCCAAGUCUAGCAACGAGGCAGUUCGGCUGAAAAAGAAGAUGGAGUGCGACCUGAAUGAGAUGGAGGUGCAGCUGAACCAUGCCAACCGCUCAGCCGCGGAGUCCCAGAAGACCGCCCACAACCUGCAGGCCCAGAUUAAGGAUGUGCAGAUGGAGCUGGAUGAGACCAUUCACCAGAAUGAGGAGCUGAAGGAGCAGACGGCAGUCUAACGGACUAACCGGAACAACCUGCUGGUGGCCGAGGUGGAGGAGCUCCGCGCGCUGCAGGAGCAGAACGAUCGCGCCCGCAAGCUGGCCGAGCACGAGCUGGUGGAGACCUCUGAGAGGGUCAACCUGCUGCACUCACAGAACAUGUCCCUGCUGAACCAGAAGAAGAAGCUGGAGGCUGACUUGUCUGCGCUGUCUGGAGAGGUGGACGACGUCCAGCAGGAGUGUCGUAACGCAGAGGAGAAGGCCAAGAAGGCCAUCACUGAUGCGGCCAUGAUGGCUGAGGAGCUGAAGAAGGAGCAGGACACCAGCGCUCACCUGGAGCGAAUGAACCUGCAGAUGCGUCUGGACGAGGCUGAGCAGAUCGCCCUCAAAGGGGGCAAAAAGCAGAUCCAGAAGCUGGAGAGCCGGGUCAAAGACCUGGAGAGCGAGCUAGAGCUGGAGCAGAAGAAAAGCAAUGAGUUCCAGAAGGGAUUCCGCAAAUAUGAGAGGAGGAUCAAGGAGCUCACUUACCAAACGGAGGACGACCGGAAGAAUCAGGCCCGUAUGCAGGUGCUCAUAGACAAGCUACAGGCCAAAGUCAAGACCUAUAAGAGACAGGCCGAGGAGGCGGAAGAGCAGGCCAACUCCAACCUGACCAAGUUCAGGAAGAUCCAGCAUGAGCUGGAUGAUGCAGAGGAGAGAGCGGACAUGGCUGAGUCACAGGCCAACAAACUGCGCAUUCGCACCCGUGACCAAGGGGGGAAGCCUCCACUUACACAAUGAGGAGGGACCACCCCAUAACAUCCCACUUACAGUCAAGCUGCUGCAACAGAUGGUUUGAUUGUGUGAUGGCAAAUUCAUUAAACGCUUGGAAAGAAACAUAUG